UUUAUGAGGCCAUGGAUAGGGCCAAAGAGGCCAUUUCACAUUACUAUCGUGGAAAUACAAGAAAAUGUGAAAUCCUUUGGCGCAUCAUUGAUCGUAGGUGGACAAACCAACUCCACCAACCGAUACAUGCCUUCGCCUACUUUUUGAACCCAAAAUUCUACUUCUCUGAUUCAUUUAGGGCUAAUGAGGAGGUCAUGGCAGGUGUUAUUACAUGCAUUGAUAAUAUGACACUUGAUCCUGAGUUGAGAGACAAGGUUCUUGAUGAGUUGGAGAUCUACAAAAGUGCAGAGGGGAGACUCUUCUCAUCACAACUAGCAAUUGAUAAGAGAGGAAAACAACAACCAGAUUUAUUGUGGGAGAAUUAUGGUGCUGGCAUGCCUAAUCUUCAAAAGAUAGUUAUCCGUGUUUUGUCUCAGCCAUGCAGUGCUUCUGGGUGUGAACGAAAUUGGAGUGUCUUUGAGAGCAUUCACACAAAGAAGAGAAAUAGAUUGUCACAAAAGCGGCUCAAUGAUCUAGUAUUUGUUCGGUACAACCUUCGCCUUCGAGUUAGACAGGUGGAGGGUGUUUCACAUGAGGCCAUUGACUUGGAUGAAAUUGAUCCAUAUGGUGAUUGGACCAUGAAUGAACAAAAUGAUGGUGAUGAUGUCCUCCUUACUGAAGAAGAAAUUGCAGAAAUAGACAGAGGAGCAGCACAAGAUGCAGAAGGAGUAAGAUUGGAUGAAAUGGAGGAUGAAGAUGAGGACGAAGAUGAGGAUGAUGAUGAGGACUUUGACUUUGAAGAAGAAUCAUCUCACCAUUUAGAUACCACAACACCCACUACUAGUACUUCUAGCUCAAGGCCUGAAAAAUUGAGCUAUAUUAGGAAAAAUACAAAGAGGAAGAUGUAGUCUUCUCUUUGGUUUGUUCAUUCACAUUGUUGUUUUUCACAUUUGGAGUUGGAGUUGGACAUAUCAUUAUAUGUAAUUUUAUGAACAUUUAUAUACUUAUGCUGCCA